AUGGCACGCAGCGAGCGAGGUCGAGGCCGUUCAAAUCGGGUCCAUCCAUAUCCAAGUCAACAGCCCAAGGAAGAGCAAGAACAGCAAUCACCUUCACAUUUCCCUUGGGAAAUAUUGCCACAAGAACUAAAAGGAUUAGUUCUCGAACACCUGGAAGGUUUGAUAAAGAGCGGGAAAGCAAGAGCCUCGGUAUGCGCUGCCGUCUGCAAAAAGUGGUAUGGCUAUUUCGAGCCAUACAUCUUCCGACGUCUGACGCUAUCCAAAAAGCGUCUCGGCGAGUUAGAAUCCAUGGUUACAGGAUCCCGACGCCGGUUCGUCCAACAUAUAUGGCUCCGGUUUGAGAGAACGGUCCAACCUGGUGUGACACCCGUCAAUAUUCGCCUUGACUAUGACACCUUGCAAUUCAAUGCGACGUUAUUCCAACUCUUUGAGAUCUUGUCAGAAUGGUCAGAGAGAAGUGUAGGCCAACCGGGCAUUACCUUAGAAUUGACAGCAUUCUCGGCUGCGGACCCCGACCAUUCCAUGAAAGACACUGUUCCAGACGAACUCAAAGAUGUAGAUCUCACGGUGGAUAGCGAGCCUUUAAACGCCAUCUAUAAGAAGGCGCCCAGCGCCAGACGCGCAUUGACAGAGUAUGAGAGCGGCCAACAAUACGAAGUACGAAACUUCUACAUCCAUCGGAGCCAUCCCAGUUCAAGGAUAUUGCGACUUCCCGAGGUGGGUUUGAUAACAAACCUCAUUAUUCGCCGACAGAUGCACUUCAGUUUUUUUCACUAUUAUGUUUACCAAAUCAUGAUAUCGCUCCCGAAUCUUGAGUUCAUAACUUACGAGCCUCUUGCUCUCAAAUAUUGGAGGACGGAUUACCGCCCAUAUUGUGAGGAUGUAAGAGACAUCAUCACUCAGAUGCCCUCAUCCAUCAGAAGGCUGCAGGUGUUUGAUGAUAGUCCUGAUCUUUGGGGUGAUUGCACAUGGGAGAGACAGGCAAAUGAUAUAGACGGCUCCCUGGGUCGGCUAGUGGCGGAAAUCAGCCAAGAGAAGGAACCAGAAGUGAUCUCGAUGUCCUUCAUCAUCGACGCCUUUGACUUCUUCUCCGACUUCCAAAACCCGCAAAUGGGCCGGCCUCGUUGGAAGCUGGGAUGGCUCAAUCUCACCUCGAUAGUCUUGACAUCAUCCGUCAUCUCGCCGGAGAGACAAGAUGAAAUCCCCCUUUUGCUAGUAUCAGCUGCCGAAGCUGCGCGUCACAUGCCCAAAUUGACGAUUAUGGAACUAUAUUACGUGACAUUGAAUCACGGAGGCAUCUUCGCCUACGUUCACGAUAGCGCGGGCAGCACCUUGUGUUGGGACAGCACCUGGCAGUGGAAUUUCCCGCCCGAUGUCAUAUCUGAAUGGAAGAUGGCGGCAGAUGCCCACGGCGCCAACGUGUUUGAACAUGAAGAGAAUCUAAUCGAGCCAACGGGAAAACAUGGGAGGGGAUGGAAUGGAGAUAUUAUAUCGUUGCUUCGUACAAAGACAACUGUAGUCCAUCCUAUAACAUACGGCAACAUGAUGGAUGGACGUAAUUUCAGGUAA